ACUUCGUCGCUUCAGUCUGAGCUUGUGCGGUCCUGUGAACACAACGCGGCGGUAUAACGGUAUUACGGUACAGCGGUUUGAAACGGUACAUAACGGUACAGCGGGUGAAAGCUGGGCGCUAGGUGCCCAAUGUAGGGGAAAAUUGCAUGUGCCAUUAAUGUGAAUUUGUGCGAGGAUUAGCCCGCUGGACUUUCACCUCCUCCAGCCAGCCGGCCAGCUGCCUUUUGCGGGUCGAUUACAAAUCUCUGAUUUUCUGGCCACGUGUUAUCCGGUUUAAACUUCUUUUUAUUUUAAUUUUUGGAAAUCAACAUUUAUUAUGCAAAUCGCAACAACAAAAAUUUGAGCAUCCAGCAUCCAAUCUCCAAAAAAACUUUAAAAAAACGAAGAAAACUCUGAAACUGGAAGCGCUUUUUGGCAAUUCUUGUGGGUUUUUUUUUAUAUUUGGUUGCUGCUCCUGCUGCUGCACACAGACAAUGACACAAAUUUGUCAUCACACACAGACAAGCGCACGCACUGAGAGCGUAGAACAAAGGCAACGGGAAAAAGAUAAAUAAGCUAGGGAGCGGGGAGUGCGAGUGGGAGAGGAAGAGGAAGAAGAAGCAGGGGAGUGAAGAGUAGUACUCCGUCUCACUCGGGUACUUGACUGAACAUUAAACUCUCUAGUUUUUUGCCAAGAUGGAGAUUUUGGACCGUUAUCCUUGCCGGCAGCCGCAUAUCGUCGGCAUCUACAUCCGCCUCCUUCCCAUUCAGCUCUAAAAUCCGCAUUCGCAUCCGACAUCCGCCAUCCGCCAUUCGCAAUUUUUGACAGCUGUCAGCGUGAGCGUACGUGUGUGUGCGUGUGUGCUGGCACAGUUAUUUCCACUUGGCGGCAAGGUCAGCGCGACAUGCAAAUUGAAAAGCGCCGCACGGGCAAAAACAAAGGACAAAGGAUGCCCAGCAACAACAACGGGAGAAAGCACAACAACAACGACAUCAUCUAUGGUAGAAAAGAGAAAAACAAAAACAACAGCAACAACAUCAACUAACGAAAAUGUUUGAGAAAUAUGUCGCCACAUAUGUGCGCGCGUGUGAGCAAGUGAAAUUAAAAUUCCCGCAUGCCUAAUGAAUUCGCCCGCUCGUUCGCCAUCCCUCUCCCACGACCGUUAUGCGUGUGUGUGUACCAGUGUGUGUGCGUGUGUGUCGCUGACUUCGGAAUGACAACAAAAACAACAACACUAGCAGCUACAACUAAAACAAUGGCUUGCUAAGCUGUCUUAGAAAAAAAGUAUAAAACGGAGAGUCAAAGAGAUAGAGAGUGAGAGAACGAAAGAGAGAGAGAGAGAGAGAGGUGGAGAAAGAACGAAAGCAAAAGUGAAACUUGCAGCGAAGAAAGGAUCAGAUUCGGGAUCAGGAGAAGGAGCAGGAGGAGGAGGAGCUGUGAGCAGGGAUCGGCGGCCAAGCAACGACAAUCGGGGGCAUGUCCACAGCCAAAAGGCUGGUGCUCUCGCUACGUGGACGCAAGAAUUCGCAGGGCAACUCGGCGACCUCAUCCACCCGCCUGGUAUCCGCCGGCACCUCGCCCGGCCAUGAGCUGGAUGAAAUAGCCGUGGUCUCGGGAACCGGAUCCAGCAGUCACCACUUCUCCUAUGGCGGCUGCCUCGCCACCGGCGAUGCGCCUCUGCCGCGCUACUCAACAGCUGCCACGCCCAGUUUAAGGCGGUCGACGGCCAUAGAUGGCGAUGCAGAUGGCAAUGACAACGAAAACCAUGUCGAUGGUUAUGGCGAUGCCAACGAUGACGAUGACGACGUUGAUGACGACGAUGAUGAUGAUGAUGAUGAACGAUGGCUAAGGACGCCGGCUCAGAAGGCUCAGACACAGGCUCAUGCCGCUCACAAUGACAGGCUGCAGACCAAAACAACUGUCGCAAUACGUCAAAACAACGGCUGCAACAAUAGCAGCAGCAGCAACAACUAUAGGACAACAGCAACAUCUCAGUCAAACAUUGGCCAAGGAUUAGCGCCAAGGGCCAGCUUUCCGGAGAUAAUGCAGCCACGCCUCUCGCUCAAUGGGCUGCUCAACCCCUCGCUGAUGCCCUCGCCCCGCCCCCUCUAUCGGGAUCACAGCUCGAGGUCAAUCAACCCGCUGACCGCCUAUGAGCAGCAAAUGGCCGAGCUGGAUGGCAGCUUCUAUGCGAGCAAUGCCGGAUAUUUGGGCGCCGGAAUGGGCGGAAGUGCGGGCGGUGGAACCACUUGCACCAAUCUCACUGUGGGCGGUGGUUCGAGUGGUAUUUCAGCGGGUGCAAGUGCAAAGGCAGGUGGUGGUGGUGGACCCUCGCAAGUGGGUGGCACUGGCGGUGGUGGUGCCGGUGGUGCUGGUGGUGCCGCCAUUCACACAACCGAACUCUCGAUCACACCCACAAUGGCCGGCGACGAGCAGUUCAUCGAUCUGGGGAGCCUGCGCCGGUUCUCGAUCGAUCGCCAGAGCUUUCUCGAUCUAGGACCAAAGUUUGGCAUGACCCAGCCGAAAUUCGGGCAGAGUGUCUCGCAACAAGGUUUCUUCACUUCGCACGACAGCCUGGCCACACCAUGCGCCUCCAGGGCCUCCAACUCGCACAUGGCCACCGUAAGCACUGCCUCAGAAAUGGAUCUUCUGCACAACAAGCAACGCAACAAGUCGCGGGGUCGCCUGAAAGCGGCUGCCAGCGGCGAUCAGCCGCUCCUGGGCACCUGGAACCGCUCCACGGGCCGCGGCUCGCAGGAUAACACACUGGCCGGCGGCGGAGCCACCAGUUUGGCCAUGGGCGGCCACAACCAGUACGGUGGCAACUACUGCAACGGCACAGAUCGCUACCCGCGCUCCCGAUCGCAGCAGCAGGGGCACCACAAUGCCGCCCAGCAGGCGCACCACCCCUACCAGCUGCAGCACUCGGCCUCCACGGUGUCGCACCACCCGCACGCACAUGGUCCACCCUCGCAGGGUGGCCCGGGGGGGCCAGGACCGCCCCACGGCGGCCAUCCGCAUCACCCGCACCACGGUGGCGCUGGCAGCGGGGGCGGUAGUGGGCCAGGAUCUCACGGCGGACCGCCGCACCACCAGAAGCCACGACGAACGGCCUCGCAGCGGAUCCGAGCGGCGACGGCGGCCAGGAAGCUGCACUUCGUCUUCGAUCCGGCGGGGCGACUGUGCUACUACUGGUCCAUGGUGGUCUCCAUGGCCUUCCUGUACAACUUCUGGGUGAUAAUCUACCGCUUCGCCUUCCAGGAGAUCAAUCGGCGCACGAUCGCCAUCUGGUUCUGCCUGGACUACCUGUCCGACUUCCUGUAUCUAAUCGACAUACUGUUCCACUUUCGCACCGGAUACCUGGAGGAUGGGGUGCUCCAGACGGACGCCCUAAAGCUCCGCACCCACUACAUGAACUCGACGAUCUUCUACAUCGACUGCCUGUGCCUGCUGCCGCUGGACUUUCUCUACCUGUCCAUUGGCUUCAACUCGAUCCUGCGCAGCUUCCGGCUGGUAAAGAUCUACCGGUUCUGGGCCUUCAUGGAUCGCACCGAGCGGCACACCAACUACCCGAAUCUCUUCCGAAGCACGGCCCUCAUCCACUACCUGCUUGUGAUAUUCCAUUGGAACGGCUGUCUCUAUCACAUCAUCCACAAGAACAAUGGGUUCGGAUCGCGCAAUUGGGUGUACCAUGACUCGGAGUCGGCGGACGUGGUCAAGCAGUAUCUGCAGAGCUACUACUGGUGCACCCUGGCGCUGACCACCAUCGGGGAUCUGCCCAAGCCGCGCUCCAAGGGGGAGUAUGUCUUCGUGAUCCUGCAGCUGCUCUUCGGCCUGAUGCUCUUCGCCACGGUCCUCGGUCACGUGGCCAACAUAGUGACGUCAGUGAGUGCAGCAAGAAAGGAAUUUCAAGCCAAGCUGGAUGGCGUGAAGACGUACAUGCGGAUGCGACGUGUGCCGAAUCAUCUGCAGGUGAAGGUCAUCAAAUGGUUCGAUUACCUGUGGCUUACGCAAAAAUGCUCGGACGAGGAGCGCGCCGUGUCCUGUCUUCCUGAUAAAUUAAAGGCUGAAAUAGCAAUUAACGUCCAUUUAGAUACACUUAAGCGGGUGGAGAUAUUUCAAAACACCGAGGCCGGUUUCCUAUGCGAACUGGUACUACGCCUGAGGCCCGUGCUCUUCUCGCCCGGCGACUAUAUCUGCAGAAAGGGCGAGGUGGGCAAGGAGAUGUACAUUGUGAAUCGAGGACGAUUGCAGGUGGUGGCCGACAACGGAAAGACGGUGAUGGCCUCCCUGAAGGCCGGUUCCUAUUUUGGCGAGAUUAGUAUACUCAAUAUGGGCACCGCAGGCAACCGACGCACAGCCAGCGUUCGCUCGGUGGGCUACAGCGACCUCUUCGUCCUGAGCAAGAAGGACAUGUGGGACGUGCUGAAGGAGUAUCCGGCGGCGCGUGUUCGUCUGGAGUCGAUAGCCGUCAAGCGGCUGGAGAAGUACAAGAAGGCCCCGCUGGAGAAAGUCAAAUACUUUAAUGUAGUUGCCAUGGGCCGCUGUCAAUCGACGCCCGGCUUGGUGGAGAGCUGUGGGCGCACCUCUCUGGAGGAGAUGUGGUUGCCACCGGCGACGGCCACCGCGUCCUCGCUGAUGCACCACCACCAGGUGCUACAGCAGCAGCCACAUCAGGCAGCGAUUCAGCAGCAACACCUGCCACACCGCCAGGAGUCAACGCAAACCACCUCCCAGACGCACGGCUACAGUCCCCGCAGCUAUGCCGAUCGCUUGGUUCGGGCCACCGACUCGCCCAGAUCGGUUAGUCCCAGUGCCCAUGGAUCCGAGGAACGACCACGUAGUCGGACGACUUCGCACCACUCGAUAAGGCCCCAAUCUCAACCCAGCCACACGGGUCACAUUUGCGACUCCAGUUCGCAGCUGGAGUGCUAUGGGGCGGGUGUGGGCGGUGCAGGUGGUGGAACCACGCCCCUUCUGGGCUCCCACGAGGUUCUCGAGGACGAGAUCAAGAGGCUGAGGGAACGACUGCAUACGGUGGAAUCGGAGAAUCAGGCACUGAACACAAAGCUCUCGCAGCAGCAGUGGGAUCUGGAGAAUAGACUGGCCGAGAUCGAGAUGCAAAUCUGCGGAGUGUCGUCCACAUCCAGCGUGGAUCCCGAGAAUGAGACGGAGGAGCUGGAACGGAACAGAGAGAGUAUCAUAUAACACGGGAGCGUGCUGCCCCAUCAGGCGAUCGGAGCAGCAGCAGCUAUACGGCAGCAGGAGGAUCGGAAGAAUCAGGAGACGGAGGAUCAAGGGCGCCCACUCGAGAGUGAAACGGGGACUCAGACCUGUGCCAAGUACUUCUCGCUUUAGAGAAGCCCGAAGAGAGAGAGAUAGAGAUGGGAGGACUGGGCGCCAGAUAGCCCCCAAGAUGUUCAAUUAAUAUCUCUUAUGAUCCCGUGACACCAUAAGUAAAAUAAAACCCAAAAAUGGCACUGCCAAGAAAAAUUGUCUGUACAUAGAAAUGGAAGAAAUUCAGAUCAAAAUACACGCAAAAACGAUUGUAAUUGGUUAAGUUAUGCACAGCGGGUCGGAGAAGCUUUAAUAGAUAAUCCGAGAGAACUUUUUCCAGAAGCCCUAGACAACUUGUUACCCAAACACUUACACUUUUUCCAUACUAAGCUCAGAAAUAGAUUGAGAUUUACAUAGAUAUCAUUAGGCCUAGACGCUCUUCGCUCCUUUUAAUGGUUACUAAACCAAACCGAAACGGGUAUUCGAAUUCCCAUUGUAAAUACUUUCGCUCUAGGAACUCAAUUAGCAUUAUGAUCAAUGACAUAAGUAUGGAUCAUCUGAAAAAAAUAACUAAAAGAUUACUUUAACUCAUGAGUGUAACAAAUGAAUCGUAUCUAUUGUAAUAUUUGCUAAUUGUAAUUCAAAAAAAUAAAAUUUACUAGAUGUGUAUAUGGGAAACGAUUUACUUUACAACUGAAAAUAAUGCAUAAACAAUUUAUGGACAACUAAGUGAAUAUUUGCAAAAUAUUUGUACUAUUGGAAAAGAACUGCCAGAGCAUACACCACACACUCGAAAAACUAUAUUAAUAAUAAUAAUAAACAUAAAAGAAAACUCGAAGAAAACGCUAAAGACAUUAAACUAUUAAUAAAACCAAUAUUAAUGAGUAGAUAUGUCAAAAAGAAAACACUUUUAAUGCAAUAUUAUAUUGUACUACUGUCGUAUAUAGUAUCUACAUUAUACAUGAUCUGCAUUAUACUUGAUAUGGUAAAAAUUUAAAGGUCUAAAUGUAUUUAACUUUAGUUAGUUGCCCCAAAAGCCAAAACCAAUGCUGAAGAUUGUAGUUGAGAUAAAAAACUAAAUAUUAAUUUAGGCAAGAGGGUUCUGUAGCAGAACGCAGAACGCAGUUCACGAAUCCCCAUAAUAUGGGGGCUGCGAUAAAGAAGAAACAAGUAAUUUAGCUGUAAUUCUAGUUAUACCUAGUUAUACCAUUAGAUGUGUACCAGAGAAGACCAAAAAAGAUCGAGUCUCGAUCGAUUAAGAAAAUUGUUCAGUGUCAACUCCCAAAAUAUUAAAAAACCACAAACUGAGUUGAUAAGGAAAUCUAAUAAUUAUAUAGCUAACUCGAAUAAGAAACUAAACUUUACAGUAUGAGCCAGGAUACGUUUGAGUAUCUGCCGAGAAAACGGAAUCUGGAACGAAACUCAUUUCAUGCCAACAAUAUAAAGGCCGAAAACUUAAGCUCGAAUUUUGUUAGGAUUUUUCUUAGAUUUUUAUCAACGAGGUAAACCUAUUUUCCUUUUUCUAGAGAACAAAUAGAAGGAAAUUCUUUUUCGUAUUUUUCAACCUAAUUACUUUUUGGAAUAUCAUAUAAUGGAUUAAAAAUUAAUUAAUAAUUACAAUAAACAUUAAAUGGGGUUUCAUCUAAGACAAAGCUUAUACCGAACAAGAAAAGUGUUAAACGGAAACUUGUAAAAGUUUAUCGGAGUUUUUGAUUCCUUAGUUAGCCAAUUAUUGCCAAAGUUAAAGUUGAAUAAUACGAGUAUAACUAAAUUAAACUACAUUUUUAUGGCUUAUUAGCACGCUUAUUGCAGGGCAGAUUCCCUGUUCCUUGUUAGAAUUAUUCCUUCUGAUUUCUUCAAUGUUUUCCGUUAGAGCGCGUAUAGACAUAUAUCUAUUUGUUAUUGAACGUAAAAUACAAGGAACUACAUCGAUUCGGUUGUGUUGUUGACGCCAGGUGAGGGUGAAAUAGGUGGCGAGUUUGAAUGGCUUACAUAUUGAUAAUUUUUUAAAUUAUUUGAUGCAUUGAGAUCUAUGAAACAAGGAAAAGAAAACAAAACAAGAACGUUUAAAGCUUUAUUUUUACUAUAAAUUAAUUAAUUAAUUUAUAAGAACUAAACGGUAAAUUAAUUCACCAUUGACUUCAUAGCCAAACAAAAAAAACACAGAGAAACACCAAAGUUCUCAGAUCAACGGGCAGGAAAAGGCAUUUUUAAAAACGGUCACUAUAUAAAUCAGAUCAGAUCAGAAAAUGCCCCGAUUUGCAGCAGGUAAAUCGAGCUUAUCGUGCGAGAGUUUCAAAGCCGUUUACAUUGCUGAACCACUCUGAAAUCUGAAAAAGGGUAAAAUGAAAAACCAAAACAAAUGGAAUUAUAAAGUAAAACGACAACCAAAAAACCAGAAAGAAAAACUGAAAUACAAAUAAAAUCAAAACAAA